UCCUUGCCUCGCCCCCAUCCUCCCCCGCCUCCCCCUUGCGCCAGUCCGUUAGUCCUCUCGCGACUUUGUCGUUCACAACAGUGCCUCUCUCUCGGAGGCAGCACGAAGGCCCAAGCUGCCCGCUUCGGACCGGGGGUCAGUCGCCGAAGGACCGACCCCCACCCCCCUCCCCCCCUUUAGCUCCCCGAUGCGCUCCGGUUACCCGCGGCUGUGAUAGUUAGCCGUCGGCUCGGCUAAGGCUCCAAGCUCGGAUUCCCUGCAAGGACGCUGGCUCGUCUCGUCGUCGGCCGCGUUUCUCCGGCGGCGGCGCCCGCCGCUCGCCGCGGGGAUUCGCCUUCCGCCAGACGUUCCCGCCGAUGAGGUCGGGGCCGCUCCGGUGUCGCUCAGCGGUUUCGGCGUCUCGCGAGGUCCUGGCGGCGGCGCGCCCCGCCGGGCCUCGCCAUGCCGUCGACGGUGCGAGCGGGGAGCCUGAAGGACCCCGAGGUGGCCGAGCUCUUCUUCAAGGAAGACCCCGAGAAACUCUUCUCGGACCUGCGCGAGAUCGGCCACGGCAGCUUCGGCGCCGUCUACUUUGCACACGACGUGCGCACCAACGAGGUGGUGGCCAUCAAGAAGAUGUCGUAUAGCGGCAAGCAGUCCAACGAGAAAUGGCAGGACAUCAUCAAGGAAGUGAAGUUCCUGCAGAGGAUCCGCCACCCCAACAGCAUCGAGUACAAAGGGUGUUACCUGCGCGAGCACACCGCCUGGCUGGUGAUGGAGUAUUGCCUGGGCUCGGCCUCGGACCUCCUGGAAGUUCACAAGAAGCCUCUGCAGGAAGUGGAGAUCGCCGCCAUUACGCACGGCGCUCUGCAGGGGCUGGCCUACUUGCACUCGCACAACAUGAUCCACAGGGACGUGAAGGCGGGAAACAUCCUGCUGACGGAGCCGGGACAGGUCAAGCUGGCCGACUUUGGCUCCGCCUCCAUCGCCUCGCCCGCCAACUCCUUUGUGGGGACGCCCUACUGGAUGGCGCCCGAGGUGAUCCUGGCCAUGGACGAGGGCCAAUAUGACGGCAAGGUGGACGUGUGGUCUUUGGGGAUCACCUGCAUCGAACUCGCCGAGAGGAAGCCGCCCUUGUUCAACAUGAACGCCAUGAGUGCCUUAUAUCACAUCGCGCAGAAUGAGAGUCCCGCGCUGCAGUCCAGCGAAUGGAGCGAUUACUUCCACAACUUCAUCGACUCUUGCCUUCAGAAAAUCCCGCAGGAGCGGCCGCACUCGUACGACAUGCUGGGCCACGCCUUCAUGCGGCGCCAGCGUCCCGGCUCAGUCCUGAUGGACCUCAUCAUGAGGACCAAGGACGCCGUGCGCGAGCUGGACAACCUGCAGUACCGCAAGAUGAAGAAGCUCCUCCUGCAGGAGGCCCACAACGGAGCGGCGCCGGAAGCGCCCGACCCGGACGAGGAGGCGGAGGCGGGCGGCGGGCGCGCCGGCACGGUGAACAGCGUGGGCAGCAACCAGUCCAUCCCCAGCAUGUCCAUCAGCGCCAGCUCGCAGAGCAGCUCCGUCAACAGCCUCAACGACGACGGCCGCGGCGAGCCCGAGCCGGCGGACGGCGAGCGCAGCGUCGUGUCCAACAGCUCCGUCAUACACCUCAAAGCCGAUGAAGAGGAGGGGGCCUUCUCGGGCGGACGGCCGGCGGAGGCUCCGGUCUCGACGUCGGUGGCGGCGGCGGCGCACCCCAGGAAGCAUCAGCGCAACCGGGAGCACUUUGCCACCAUCCGCACCGCCUCCCUGGUGACGCGCCAGAUGCAGGAGCACGAGCAGGACUCUGAGCUGCGCGAGCAGAUGUCGGGCUACAAGCGCAUGCGGCGGCAGCACCAGAAGCAGCUGCUGGCGCUGGAGAACAAGCUGAAGGCCGAGACGGACGAGCACCGCCUGCGUCUGGACAAGGAGCUGGAGGGCCAGCGCGCCAGCUUUGCGCAGGAGAUGGACAAGCUGCUCAAGAAGCACCACGCCUCGCUCGACAAGGACCUGAAGACCUUCGCCACCGACGAGAAGAAGUUCCAGCAGCACAUCCAGCUGCAGCAGAAGAAGGAGCUGGCCGGCUUCCUGGAGUCGCAGAAGCGCGAGUACAAGCUGCGCAAGGAGCAGCUCAAAGAGGAGCUGAGUGAGAACCAGUCCACCCCCAAGAAGGAGAAGCAGGAGUGGCUGUCCAAGCAGAAGGAGAACAUCCAGCACUUCCAGGCCGAGGAGGAAGCCAACCUGCUGAGGAGGCAGCGACAGUACCUGGAGCUGGAAUGUCGGCGCUUCAAGCGCAGGAUCCUCGUCGCCCGCCACAACGUGGAGCAGGACCUCGCCCGAGAGGAGCUGAACAAGCGUCAGACGCAGAGGGACCUGGAGCACGCCACGCUCCUGCGGCAUCACGAGUCCAUGCAGGAGCUGGAGUUCCGGCAGCUGGCCGCCAUCCACAAGGCGCGCGCCGAGCUCAUCCGCACGCAGCACCAGACCGAGCUCACCAACCAGCUGGAGUACAACAAGAGGAGGGAGCGGGAGCUGCGCCGCAAGCACUUUAUGGAGGUUCGCCAACAGCCCAAGAGCCUCAAGUCCAAGGAGCUCCAGAUCAAGAAGCAGUUCCAGGAGACGUGCAAGACUCAGACCCGGCAGUACAAAGCCCUGCGCAACCACCUUCUGGAGAGCACGGCCAAGUGCGAGCACAAGGCGCUGCUCAAGAGGCUCAAGGAGGAGCAGACCCGCAAGUUGGCCAUCCUGGCCGAGCAGUACGACCACUCCAUCAACGACAUGCUCUCCACGCAGGCGCUGCGUCUGGAUGAGGCGCAGGAAGGCGAAUGUCAGCUUCUGCGCGUGCAGCUGCAGCAGGAGCUGGAACUGCUCAACGCCUACCAGAGCAAAAUCAAAAUGCAGACGGACGCUCAGCACGACAAAGAGCGCCGCGACCUGGAGCAGAGAGUCAGCCUGCGGAGGGCGCUGCUGGAGCACAAGAUCGAGGAGGAGAUGCUGUCUCUUCAGAACGAGCGUUUGGAGCGCAUCCGUUCGCUUCUGGAGCGUCAGGCCCGUGAGACGGAAGCCUUCGACUCCGAGUCCAUGAGGCUGGGCUUCAACAACAUGCUCCUGGCCAACGCCGCCCUGGAGCCGCAGGGCGGCCGCCACCGGCAGGGCGGAUCCCGGCCGCCCUGGGGCCAGCCCGCCAUGGCCGGGGCGCCGCCCCCCUGGAGCCUCCACCUCCCGCCGGGCGGGGGCCAGAGAGAGGCCGGCGGGGUGAGGAACAGCCCCCAGGCCUUGAGGAGGACCGGCGAGCAGAGCAUGAGCAGAAGCGCCAGCGUGGCCUCCAACGCCUCGCACCUCUCCUUCACCUAGCUUGCGCGCGCGCGGGCGCCUGAUGACAUCACCGCCACGACGCCGAGGUCAGCGUGGCGCUCGCAGGCAGCGCUGGAAACAAAACGCGGAAGCGACAUCGCCAGCCCACGCGGCCGGAAGCUCGUUCCGGUUUCGCGUCACGCCGGCCAAGGCGUGGAAAGCUGGUAGCGCUAGGCUAGCAUCGUCUGUGUCAAAGGGUCGGGACCCCGAUUUCACUCUUACGUACCCUUGACCCGCUUUGGAAAUUCAAAUUUAAAACCCUCACCCUACUUUGAAAUCCCAAGCCUCCUCUUUGUAUGGAUUGGGGUCCCGCUAACCCCUUAGCGUCAAGCUAGUGUCAUGUCUGCCAUUUCAGCACCGUGCUAAAGUCACAUUCAUGUCCUGUGAGUGACGUGACUCGAUGAUGUGUCGCCGCAUUCGUUUCUCCUCAGUGGCGUCACGUCUUAGCCUCGCGCUGGCUUCCGUUUGCGUCACGUCUGCCAAGGUGGCGUCAAAAUUCUGCCAUGCUAAUGUCACCUUAGCACCACGCUAGCGUCAUUGUGGUCCAGUCCCUCAUGUUAGCGGUGUAUUUGUGUGCCGUCUGCCGCCAUCCUGUUCGCCUCCUAUUAGGAAGCCGCCGGAGGGGUGGGCUGGGCUCGGGGUCUCCAACUUGACCUUUAAGUGAGCUGGGCAGGCUUCUCGCCUCUGACCUCGCGACCUUCCUCACCUCCCGCCUGCCUGACUUCCUCUCUUCUUACCUUGCCAUCCUGUGAGCCUUCUGGCCUACUUCCUCACAAGCGUCCUCGCAUCCCUCGGGGGGCGCUGCCCCGCUCCGCGUCUCCCUCCUCCCUCGCCCCGGCUGACAACAAAAGUGUAAAUAUGUACAUGAAGACUAUUGUAGAGUCGGUACGUCCCGUCGUACGGUCAAACGUGUUCAUAUUGUAAAUCGUGUCCAAAAAUUCACAGGAAAUUUAACGACAUCAUCGCGACGGGCGACGCCUCCUGUGGCUACGCCCCCGCGGUGGGCGGAGUCAAGCCUAUGCCGGCUGUCAGUAUUCUUUGCUGUUGUCAGUGGAAACAGAAAAUGGGAAGAGAGACUGUUCAUCCGGAGAGCGCGUGAAAGCUGGAGAGAAAUGCUACGAGUUACUUUGGUUUUGUUGGCCUACGGCUACUGGAGAAAGAGUUAUAUGUGAUAAAGAGGGGUUUUGUUUUGUUUUUGGGGGGGCUGUUGUCAAUUUUCAAGCCUUUGACACUGUCGAACAAGUUGUACAAAUAUCUACGGCUGCCACUAGCCGUUAUUUUAA